AUGGCAAGCCAACAGCCCCUUGCUCUCAUCAUCGGAUCCACGGGUGCCACUGGUAAUGGUAUCACCAAGGCCCUAGCCGCCUCGGGAAACUUCCUUGUGGCGGCCCUUGUCCGCCCAUCUUCCCUCCAGAAGCCGGCCGUCUCCGAGCUCCGAGCUCAGGGCGUUGAGAUUCGCGCGGGCGACAUCAAGGACGACUCCGAGAGCCUCAAGAACGUCCUCGAGGGUGCGGACAUCCUUAUCAGCGCCGUCGCCGUCUUUGUCAUCCCGGACCAGCGCGACAUAUUCCGAUUGGCGAAGGAAGUCGAUGUCCAGCGCGUCAUCCCCUGCGACUUCGGCACCGCAUACCGCACACCUUCAUAG